ACUCCGGCGGGUCAGCCGCCUUCCCAGGCCACCCAGGAGGCGGCCGAGGUCUUCCCACUAGUGCUCAUGCGCCUGGGCAGGGUUUAAAGCCAGCGCGCGCGGUCCCCUCGACGCGCAGCGCUGGUCCAGGCAGACAUCCCUGCGGCCGUGGCUGCUUCUCCUCCAGCAACACUCGCUGCCCGCCCGCCCGCCUUUCGCCUCAGCAGGGGCGGCCCAAAGAGGCGCGCUUUCUUCUUCUUUUUCGCGCCUCUCUCAAUUUCCCCGGCGCUGCGUAUUCCAAAGGGCGCGACCAUUCCACCGGUUGCGAGAACCCGAGGUAAAAUCGGUUUGCCUCCCCCCGUCGCCAUUAUCCGUUGGCGCCAAUCAGGAGCCAAGAGCGGCUGCUACCCCCCCUCACCCAAAAAGAUGGUCUCCCCCUCCGUCUCCUCCAGUGUGGGGAGGUGGGAGGGGGCGCGUGCGUGAAGAAGAGCUCCUCUGAUUAACCCUGUCGGGGCUGACUCUGUGCCUUCUCCUCCUUUUCCUAGGUGCAGCUAUGGCUCCGGUCCUGCUCUUCCUGGGUGGGUAUUUUUAACUCGUGCUGGAUCCCGGAGCUGGGUUGGGUUGGGGGUUCGGAGAGAGGCUUUCGCGCAUCAUUUUCCCUCGGGGGAGGGGGGCUCUUCACAACCAGCCCCCGUGCCUCCUCUGCUCAGCGUCAGCCUGCUUUCCCCCUCGGGACUCCCUUUGACGACCCCGCUCUCCUCUCUUGAUGGCAGGUGUCGUCUUUCUAGCCAGUCCUGCGAAGGCCGAAGAGAGCUCGGGUGAGUUAAGAAAAAAUGGGGGGGGGGGAUCCUUUCUCAGUUGCAAAUAAGUUUGCUGCGCGGGGUGCAUGAACAGGUGCAUGCGGAAGCGGUACAUGAUGCAUGCAGAAAUGUGUCUUGGGAGAUCUUGCCAUUUCCACGCGGAGAGGGACAGAGUUGCUUCACAACCUCCUUCCCCUUCAAGAAACUGUCUGUAGUCCAUCAUUAGGAUUUCCGGGAUGUAUUUUUAAGUGUCUUACUUUGCAGAGGGUUGGACUAGAUGACCCUUUCAUAGCUGUCAACUUUUCCCUUUUCUUGCGAGGAAUCCUAUUCGGAAUAAGGGGAUUUCCCUUAAAAAAAGGGAAACGUUGACAGCUAUGGACCCUUGGGGUCCUUUCCAACUCUUAUGAUUCUAUGAUUCCAUGGUUCUACACCCAGUAAAGAUGAAUUGCUAUGUAAUCCGUCAAUGCCUCUCGAUAAUCUGUAGCUUUAUUUUUCUUCAUCCUAAUUUGAUUUUCUGUUAGUGAUUGGUAAAGUACAGUGGUAUGUCUGGUUACAUACUUAAUUCGUUCCGGAGGGCUGUUCUUAACCUGAAACUGUUCUUAACCUGAAGCACCACUUUAGGUAAUGGGGCCUCCUGCUGUUGCCGCGCUGCUGGAGCACGAUUUCUGCUCUCAUCUAGAAGUAAUGUUCUUAACUCGAUGUACUAUUUCUGGAUUAGUGGAGUCUGUAACCUGAAGUGUAUGUAACCUGAAGCGUAUGUAACCUGAGGUACCACUGUACAUUCUUAUUUAAGGGCUAAAUGGCAAAGAUAGCUUAACACCCUUCCCUGUUAACAUGCAUGAUCAAAUAUUUUCAUCCUGUAAGAGAAUAUAGACGAAUAUGUGGUGUGUGUGUGUGUGUAUGAAUGAAUGUUUUGAGUAAGGCAAAACUCUGUCCGUUUGCAUCUUUUUCAAAGCUAAACAUGAAUACUUACACUUUUAUAUAAAGUCAGAGUCUAAUGGGGCUGUGAUACCCUAUGGAACAGCAGGUGUAUUUAUCAACAGUUUUAAAAAGCAACUAUGGAGUCCUGAUAUCCCCUCCCUCACCCAUGGCCUUAUAGUUGUGGUAUCAGAAACUGCGUUUGGAAACUUCCCUGAUUUUCAAAAUAUAUUAGUUUCCUUGCUGGGAUAUUUGAAAGGAGAAAAGCACUCAACCUGCUGCAUGCACAGAUCUAGUGAAGAAACUAGAAGGGCAGGGCAGGCCUCAAACAGGUGCUCUGGCAAAUGAAAACAGUCUUAAGUCCAAAACAUUUCAACAUGUUGCUCCAAUUGCUUGGACUACUGCGGUCUGCUUAAACUGAAAAUCCUACACACAUUUACUGGAGAGUAAAUCUUAUGGAACUCAGUGGAACUUAUGAGUAAAUAUGCUUAUAGCUGUGCUAGUUUUCCUUCCGCUGGAAUCUUCUGUCUGAUAACAAUGAGAUGUGACUAGCCCAGUUGGUAGAGCAUGAGACGCUUAAUCACAGGGUAGUGAGUUCGAGCCCCACAUUGUGCAAAAAGAUUCCUGCAUUGCUGGGGGUUGGACUGGAUGACCCUUGUGGUCCCUUCCAACUCUACAAUUCUAUUAUUCUAUGUGUUGGACUUGUUUGUCAUAAUAAAUGUUCAUUUUUAAAGCACCUGUUUCAUUCCUUGCUUCUUCUUCUUCUUGUUUGUUGUUGUUUUACUCUCUGGUACUGCUCUUUUUUCUUCUCCUGAGCGGAACAAGUGGCAAAACUAUUGUGGUCCAGGUGUUUCAUUUGUGACUUGGAAAAAGUUAUGUUUGUGAGUCUAAAGAUGACUACUGUAGCACUCUUAGUUUAAUACCACUUCCAACAUAAAACUUCUCAGGAUAAAAAAAUUCAAUAUUACUUGUGUCUAAGGUUAAUAUGGAAAUUGCCCAUGUAUAAAUAGCAGGAGUAGAAUCUUUUUUUGACAUUUUCAUGGCAAGCAGAAAAUAAUUGUGUUCACUAUAGGCUGCCACCAAAGCCCCUGUUAAUUUGGUUUCCUAGAUGACAAUAGGAUGGAUUUCCUUGUGGAUUAUUUAGGUCAUAGCAACACACAGCAGUAACUCUGGAAAAGUUACUGGAGAGGGAUAGAGGAAGUUGUGCAUUGAGUAAAUUCUCACUUGAACCUUAUCACCAGUGAUGAAGUGUGCAAGACUAUUGAUCAAAUAAAUACAUGUUUUCAGUUAAUUAUUAUUUAUUAUUUAUCUGUCACCUUACACAAAAAAGCCUCCAAGUGACUUACGACAGGAUGAAAACCUAGAAUGUUCCAGUGUGAAUAAUAGCUGUAGAUUGUGUGAGAUAUUGAGAAGCAUCCAAUGGCAUAACUGGAUAGACUUUACAUUUAAGAACAUUUGAAUAUUUCAUGGCUGUAAGAAAUAAUAAAUAAUGGUCAAAGGUGCUUACUAUUUUGGACUCAAUGCAAAGAUUAUUGGAGCAAGGGCGAAGGGAAAAUGUGUUACACACAAUUAUAUUUCUAAGAAAUGGAAUUCUACUACUAAGAGGAACAGGAGAACCCAAGAAGCUAUGCGCCUCCGUUAAAGGGCACUAUUCAGACAAUAAAGAAAAUAAAUGGAUCCGCUGAUACUGAAGAAAUGAAAAUUCUUUUGAUUAAGGAUCAUGUUUCCAGUGAAGAAUUAAUUAAUAUCAUUAAACAGAAAUGGAGAUGAAAACAGCCAUGUGUAUUUCUAAGCUCCAUCAGCACUGGAAGGAGAACACAGAACUCUUUCCAAAAUGGUGAGUGAGGUUUUUGGUGUAUUUUUGUAAGCAAAGUAUGAGGAUUUGACCUUUGACAAUGGAAAAGCUCAUCAGUUGUAGGAGUUGGCAAACCCAUAAAGGACCUAAGCAAGAUUGUUACAAAGGUUUCUUGUACUGUAGAUAUCUGGAGAAAGCAGCUAUGUAAACUCAAGAAUGCUUUCUUUUUCCCUUUAUACAAGUAGAAUGAAGUCUAAAAAAGAGGUAGUGACUCUGGAAGAACGUAUUGGAAAAGAAAGACCAAAGGUGUCAAAAUAAGAACAAAAAGGUUGUGUAUAAUAGCAGUAGUAUCUUAAAUAUAGCUGAAAAUUAUAUUGGAAAGUUAUUUGACCUGCUGUUUGUGCCCUGACUUCCUUGGACGUUAAAAUCAAAAUAUACUUUUUGAACCUUUGUCCCAUUCGAAGUUAUUAUAAGGUUUUGGAGAGAGUACACUGCAUUGGAUCUCUGUUAGUAACAGUUGUCUGUGAUACUCCUUUUUUGCUCUGUAAGGGGAACAUAGGUAACAUAAUGCAAAUUUGAACCGUUUUUAUAUUUCUGGCAAUAACUUGAACACUAUUGUCUGAGAUAUGGCUAUGUUACAUAAUAAUAUAAGAGGAGUCUUGCUUGGUUAGCACAAAGGCCUGUCAAGUCCAGAAUUCUGAUCAGCUUCUCACAGUGGCCAGCCAGAUGCUUAUGGGAACUCCGUUCCAUUUCAGGCGUCUUUUAAUAACUGUAUUCUUCAAACAAGCCUUUCAAACCUGAGAUUCUUUGCCACUUUUGCUUCUGCUGCUUCUUUUUACACUUCUAUUGUUUUUAGGUUGCCUUGUCAUAUUUUAUAUGAGAGUGUGGUUUAGAACUAUGUAAAUAAAAUAAAUAUAAACAAAUAUCUCCACAAGGAGAACAUGAGUGCAAUAGGUCUCUCUGGGUGGCGCUGUGGGUUAAACCAUAGAGCCUAGGACUUGCCGAUCAGAAGGUCGGCGGUUCGAAUCCCUGUGAGGGGUGAGCUCCCGUUGCUCAGUCCCAGCUCCUGCCAACCUAGCAGUUCGAAAGCACGUCAAAAGUGCAAGUAGAUAAAUAGGUACCGCUCCGGUGGGAAGGUAAAUGGCGUUGCCGUGUGCUGCUCUGGUUUGCCAGAAGCAGCUUAGUCAUGCUGGCCACAUGACCCAGAAGCUGUACGCCGGCUCCCUUGGCCAAUAAAGCGAGAUAAGCGCCGCAACCCCAGAGUCGUCUGCGACUAAACCUAAUGGUCAGGGGUCCCUUUACCUUUUUAUUCAUGAUCCCCAGCAAUUGGUAUUCAGAGGAAUGCUGCCUCAGAUUCUGGAGGUAAUAUAGCCAUCAAGCUACAGGUUACUAAGGCGCUGAUAACCUUGUCCUCCUUCGAUGCCUAAUCCCCUUUUAAAGCCAUUCAGGUUGGUGGCCAUGGCUAUAAAUAUAGCAAUAAACCAUAAUAAAUCAAUCAGUGAGGUGGAGAAUAAUGAAAUGGCCAUGGAACUUAUUGACCAUUAUCUGCAACAUAGUGACUACUGUGGGCUGGAUGAAAGACCAAAAAGUUGAUUUUAACUUUGGUUUUAAUAUCCAGGAAAAUUAUAGCACAACUAUUGUAUCAAAUACCUUUUGAAAUACAAUUUUCAGCAAUAAUUGCAUAUGUAGCAGUAGGCUUUUUUGUGAUGCUCUAUACACAUCUGUGCAUUUCUAGAUGCUGCACAUCUACUUGGUGUUAUCAAAAUUAUGUGCUGAUCAUAUGUAAAGGUCACUGUAAAUAUUAUUACCAUUCAGAACUUCACAUACAACCUCAAGAGCUAGAUGCAAAUAUGCAGCCCCAGAAGCUGCAUCUUUUUACAUUGCCUCCAACCUCAGUGGAUCAAGGUGGUAAUUUACAAUUGUCUUACAAUAAAUUUUCCUGAAGCCUAUAAACAUGUUUAAAAACUUUCCUUUUCUUUUUUUUAUAGGUUCAAUAGAGAAAACGUACAUCGUUCUACAAAUACUGCAAUUCUACAGUUAACUUUUGAACACACAUAUGAGACUGCGCUGUAAUUUAUUUUUUUUAAAACUGGAAAUAAAACAGAAAUAAAUUUGUUUCUAUUAAUGAGUUAUACUAAACUGGUGUGUUUCUGUGCUGUAUGGAAGAAUGUAGAUUUUACCAUUAUUUAGUCUUGUAUCUCUUAUUUCAGUAAAAAUGCAGAAGAUUGCAAAAAAAGAGAUGACAUAACUUCUCAGUACUUUAUAAUGAAUAACCCAAUAACCAAACAUAACGAUAAACUAAUCUACCAUGGCUUAGCUAGAUUUGUGUAGACUUUUUUAAAGCACAAAAGGGAAUGGAAUGCUGGAUUUCCUUUAGUCACUUGUGAAAAUGUAGCCCCUAUAAUUUGGAUUUUUAAAGUGAUCUCCUAAAUCUAAAACUGAUUUUCCACACCAAAUUAUUGCACAAAAUAGAACAGCACUAUAGUACUAAUAUAAUUAACAUAAGCGAAAAAUUCCCAAAUGUGAAUUUACGGUAAUUAAUUCAAAACAGAAACAGAAUUGCUAAACCACAGAAGAAUGAAUGGAAAAUGAGUGCAAGAUCAUUUAUAACCCAGCCCGAUGAUUUGUUAUGCCACUACACAAUUAGCAAGACAUAUCAAAAGCCACAAAGUAAUUGAAAACAUGUCACACCACUUUGCAGUGACCUGGUGCCAAUAUCACAACCCAAAACAACACAGAUAUUCCACACAUGUAGACAAAUACAUUUCCCAUCUUUGAAUAUGAAGAGUCUUACUAGUGCACAUGGAACCAACGUUAUUCGUAGCAAGCAAGGCUAACGUGAAUUCCAGGGAGUCAGUGGAAAGUAACUGACCUGCUGCAUUUUCAAUAGUCUGCAAACACAUGGCUAAUAAAAAGGAUAUCCUGCCAAAGGCCUGUCACAGACUUUGAGAAUCCUGGCAGCAAGCAGUGCCAAAGACCCAUGGGUUUAUGUGAAGAUUAAACCAAUACAAGAUUUCGCUAAUGCCCUGCUAUGAGGUUAAAAUGACAAAUUAACAUCAAAGAGAACACCCUGGCUUCUCAUUGCAAGGGCAGGCUAGGUGAACAACAAUAAGUGUUAUUAUAUUGCAUUGCACUUCAGUGUUCUGACUUGUGAAUGCGAACUAGUCCUGAAAACAGUAAUUUGAGGUAGGUAAAAUUCAUCAAUACCUAAUGUGUCCAGUGACACACACACAAAAACUAAUGCUCUGUUUUCAAAUUCAAAGGAGGCAAAUAAUUGUUAAGCGGUAAGGAAUUGGGGAUGAUGAAACAAAAGAACUGUACUGUCAGUGCUCUGAUGGUGCAAAUGGGGCCUAUUAGACAAUAUGUUGCUGUUACAUUUAAGCUGCCCUCAAGCCAGCUGUCUGAGGAAAGAACUGUGUGGCAGGAGUCUCCUUGUCCUCCAUCUGCUUAAACAUUGCCAUGCUCUUGGAUAUGAUGUGGGGGUGAAGAGUACUUCAAAACUGCCACUGACAUCAGCCAUAAUUUUGAGAACUGUUACUUUAAGGACUUGUUCCUGAGCUUGCUUUACCCUCCUCCCUCCCACUCCUUUUUCCUUGUGUGUCAUGUCUUUUUAGAUUUCAAGCCUUAGAAAUGAUUUUUGUAAGCCACUCUUGAAAGCAUUUUGGCUAAAGGGUGAGGUUCAAAUGCCGUAAGUAAAUAAAAUAUAUGAAUUUACACUUAAUGAUGUAUUCAUAGAGGUAGGCUGGCUGCGCUGCAAUCGAAUACUGAUUUUUCUGUUAGGCUUUAUGUUUUAUAUGCCACCUCUUUAUUUUCCUCUGCAGUCUUGUCAGCUGUCUCAUGUUUUACCAGAGGACUGGAUCUCAGAAAAAAUAAUAUAGAUGUCCUCUGCCCAUCGGACUGUCCUAUAUGGCAAUUCCAAGUCUAUGGGAAUGUUGCGUAUGCCUCCCUUUCCAGCGUUUGUGGAGCUGCCGUUCACAGGUAAGCCUGAUUAUCAACAGUUCAGUGAAAAUUAGGGGUCAGUUUCCCAUGCUGUUGUUGUUACUAAUUGCAUUUCUUCCUCACCCUUCACCAUAAGGCCUCAGGGUGGGCUAUAACAUUAUAAAAACACAACUUUAAAAUCAAUUAAAAAUGGUGUUGGUUGUUGGCUAUGUAGCCUACAUAGUUCUAUUUCAGGACAUAGUCUGCAAGCACAUGACAGGUCAGCUGUGGUCAGGCCUGGAACUGAGCGAUAGAAGCUGCUUGGGAACCUGUGCAUGGCACUCCAUCAUGGAAGAAAUGAAGGAUUUAACUAUAAGAAAUAGAUGUUUCUUGUUGUUGUUGUUUAGUCGUUUAGUCGUGUCCGACUCUUCGUGACUCCAUGGACCAGAGCACACCAGGCACUCCUGUCUUCCACUGCCUCCCGCAGUUUGGUCAAACUCAUGUUCGUAGCUUUGAGAACACUGUGCAGCCAUCUUGUCAUCUGUUGUCCCCUCUCCUUGUACCCUCAAUCUUUCCCAGCAUCAGGGUCUUUUCCAGGGAGUCUUCUCUUCUCAUGAGGUGGCCAAAGUAUUGGAGCCUCAGCUUCACGAUCUGUCCUUCCAGUGAGCACUCAGGGCUGAUUUCCUUCAGAAUGGAGAGGUUUGAUCUUCUUGCAGUCCAUGGGACUCUCAAGAGUCUCCUCCAGACCAUAAUUCAAAAGCAUCAAUUCUUCGGCAAUCAGCCUUCUUUAUGGUCCAGCUCUCACUUCCAUACAUCACUACUGGGAAAACCAUGGCUUUAACUAUACGGACCUUUGUUGGCAAGGUGAUGUCUCUGCUUUUUAAGAUGCUGUCUAGGUUUGUCAUCGCUUUUCUCCAAAGAAGCAGGCGUCUUUUAAUUUCGUGACUGCUGUCACUAUCUGUAGUGAUCAUAGAGCCCAAGAAAGUAAAAUCUCUCACUGCCUCCAUUUCUUCCCCUUCUAUUUGCCAGGAGGUGAUGGGCCCAGAUGUUUCUAACAUCUAGCUUUUCUCAUACUUUAAAAAUAAUCUCGCAUUAAAUUUGUUAGCCCUGUCUAAAUGAAAAUGUUUUUGGAGAGUACAUGCAGUCAUUUUCUAGCUAUGUCCAAAUGCAGCCUCCCUAGGCUUCUCAUGGCAGGGAUGGUAGCAAUAGAAAGUGUCUCAAAAAGUAUGUGCCAGGUUCCACCUUUGAGUAUUCGUAAACUGGUUUCUCUUGGGCAGCAGUCUUUUGGAAAUUGUGCUGCUCAAGAGUGAUGGUGAAAGGUUUUUAAUGAGUUUGGAACCUGGCAAAAUGCAUUGUCUUCUAGCCAUGUACAAAUAGUCUGUGGAAUAAUGUCCACUAAUGAGUGGAUGCCAAUAGCAAGGCAUUCCUCGCUUUGGAUGCAUGUUACUGCUAUUCUUAAGAGGUGCUUCAAGAUGUUUUGCGCAACUCAGUAGAAUAAAAAAUGUGUUUGCAAAAGAGAAACUUCCAUCUUUCUUUUCCUAUGCAGCAGGCCAUGAUUGGAGCCAGUGUUCAGUCCUGGAAUUUGUUUUCUGGGAUAGGGCUCAGCCCUGGUACAUUACAGAAAUAGUUACGUUUGUGUGCAUUGCGAUUUAUGAACGCAAUAACAAUGAUAAUUAAGCUCCUUCCUCUCUGUGUGUGCAGAUGUGUGCAUGUCAAGGUGUUAGGGAGGGAUGUACCCUUUUCAUCUGAUCUCUGGACCUUAUGUCUUCAUGUCUCUUUCUUAAGCUGUUUCAGCUGGAAUAUAUUAUCCCAGUAAUAACACAGGAAUAAUAUAUCCCCCCGAUUGGGCUCAUGGGCAACCCAACGUUCUGGUUUGGAGCAGAAGUGGGAUUUGCACAUUGCUAACUGACCAGACUUUGUGCAAAUCCUCUUUUUGGAGCAGGGUGGAACUGAAAAAAUUAAGAGCAGAGGAAAUGUAUAAGCCAGUGGUAGAGAACCUCUGACCUGCAGGUCUGAUUAGACAUGUCAGGAUGCUGAGAUUGGCCCCCACAGCCCUAUUGGGUGAACUUCACCCACCUUUCCUACACCCGACAUCAUAUAACAUCAGACGUGAGAAAGUUAGAGCUGGCAAAUAACUGAAACGCUAAGAGUGUGCACCCAAUUUUUUUCUUUACGGUGGCAGUUUGAAGUUUCAAUCAUCUGAUGUCAUAUCAUAUCAGGAGAUUGACAGGUGCGUAGCCCCACUCACUUGUCAGAGUGGCUCAUGAAGAGCUGGCCAUUUCUAGAUCCAGUCCUCCAGCCAGAAGUGAUUCCAGAUGUGAUUCCCCACUAUAGAUUUAAGCAGAUAAACAUGCAUGGGCUUUACAAAAAAGCAUGUACUUUACUGAAAAGCUUCCAGUGUUGAGACCCUGCAGAUGCAUUUCAGCAGCUCAUGUUUCCUUAGCCAGCAGGAGAACAGACUUUCAGCAGUAACUACUUUGGCCAUCAGUGAAAAGACCUUGACUAUCUUCCUUGCACUUAACUAGCAGUUCUUUUCUUCAGAGAAACCAUUAGCUUCUCGCUAUUACCAGUCAUUAGCAAAGAUGGAUUCUAAAUCAGGGAUGGGAGUCUGUAACUUUCUGGAUGUUGUUGGACAACAACUCCCAUCAUGGGCCAAACUGUCUAGGGCAGGCUUCCUCAACCUCGGCCCUCCAGAUGUUUUUGGCCUACAACUCCCAUGAUCCCUAGCUAGCAGAACCAGUGGUCAGGGAUGAAGGGAAUUGUAGUCUCAAAACAUCUGGAGGGCCGAGGUUGAGGAAGCCUGGUUUAGGGCAGUUGGGAAUUGAAAUCCAACAGCAUCUGGAUCACAGGUUCAUUACCCCCAUUCUAUUAAACAAACAAACAAAUGUUUUUCCCUGUCCCCUAUCCCCAUAUUCAUAGCAUAAUUCCAAGCUGCCAUGUGAUACUUUCCCAUGUUAUCAUGGGACUGUUUUGUAUCCGUAAUAGGCUUCUGGGCUAUUCUCCCAUUUUCAGGUUUUCUGCAAUUUGGCCUGUUAAAUCCUUCCUAGCUUAUAAGAAUUAGCUGCCAUGACAGGAUUUUUCUCUCUUCCCAUCCCUAGAGGGCAGCAUUCUUGACUCUAUAAUUUCCUGAGGGUUAUCUACAGACACAUAUUUUUCAUUCAGAAAAAAGAACUAACCUGGAUAAGUUUCGGCACUUAUGCUGCCCUUAUGUGGCCUGAAAAGCCAUAGAAGGGGCUAUGCUUAUGGAGCUGGGAAGCCAGCUCCCUCUUUGCACAACAGAAAUAAAUCAUUUCCAAUGAUGCACAUCUUAGCUGUAAAUUCCAAAGAUUUAAAACUUUCCAAAAAGACUAAAACACUCACUACAUCAUCUUAGAUUCUUUUCUAGGAAUGUAUGAUAUCAGGCGUAUGACCAAGAGAAGAACUGUGGUUUUGUUGCUCUUUAAAGAGACAGACACUAAUUAUAAUUGCAUUAUAUUUUAGGGGGAAAUCCUUUUGUUUAAUUGAGGGGGGGCAUUACCAAAGUGUAUUUUAUCUACCAACCCUCUGAGUCUUCUGACAUAGCAUAAUAAUAUGCAAGCAAGGCUAGGUGUGUGGAGCUACAAAUCAAUGGCAGAGUCCAUACAGUAAGUCCCAGCUACAGUUCCUAGACGUUAAAAGUAGCAGGGUUGAGCAAGACCCCUCCCUGGGGUCUUCAUAUAUUCAUAUAUUCAAAAGGAAUGCCUAUUUCCCAGGCCACAUAACCUCUCCCCAAGCCACAUGCCUCACCAACCAAUAAUAAUAAUAAUAGUAAUAAUAAUAGUAAUAAUUUAUAGCCGGCCCAUCUGGCUGGGUUUCCCCAGCAACUCUGGGCAGCUUCCAGCAAAAUAUUAAAAUACAAUAAUUCAUCAAAUAUUAAAAGCUUCCCUAAACAGGGCUGCAUUCAGAUGUCUUCUAAAAGUCAGAUAGUUGUUUAUUUCUUUGACAUCUAGUGGGAGGGCAUUCCAUAGGGUGGGCACCACCAGCGAGAAGGCCCUCUGCCUGGUUCCCUGUAGCUUCACUUCUCACAGUGAGGGAACCACCAGAAGGCCCUCGAUGCUGGAACUCAGUGUCUGGGCUGAAUGAUGGGGGUGGUGACUCUCCUUCAGGUAUACUUUAGCCUGGCUGGAAUGUGUCCUUGAACUGUGACAACUCUGGUUGCUUGCCUGGGUGGAGAGAUCGGUAAUGGGGGAGCACAGAGUAGAAACCCCUGGCUUCUGAGUGGCCGGAAUGUAGUCUGCUGUACAAAGUUAAGAGUCACAUCUGUCACCCCACUCACUUUUUGACUCUGGGGGUAUGCGGCCCCCAGAAGGUUGCCCACUAAAGCAUAUGGCCCUCAGACUGAAAAGGGUUCCCACCGCUGCAUAACUGGAAUAUUGGAUAGGUGUGUGGCUCUAGGUGCUCAUUCAAGAAGGUUGUACAAUUUGCAUCAGCACUUGCAUAGCUUCCAACCAGCUCACACUUCCUGCACCAUUGGAAAGCUACCAAAAGUUGAUUGGGCAGCAGCAUGGGAAAUGUGAUUUGAGAAUUGGGCAUGUUCUGGGAAUGACCGCUCCCCACAUUAAAUGGGGGGUGACCUUUGCAUGGGCGUGCGCAGCCCCCAGGACCCUAUGCGACACCAUUAGCACAGGCUUGGCUUUGCCUUCCCCAGGUGGGAUACCUGGAGGUCUCCACCUACCUCAGCCCACUUCCCCAAUCCUGCCUGGGGAGGCAUUGCCAAGGUGAUCAGGCCAGGUAGGGGGAAGGACCACCCUACCCACACAAUAGGGGGAGGAUCUUACCUGUCUGUAUUCCCUAAAUGGGGGUGGGGGUGUAGCAAUGACCCACGCCCCCCUUUUCUUUGUAGCAGCGAUACCAGGGUUCCCUGUUAAAGGGGUUGUUUUCAGGGGAGGCUUUGGCCGUACCCCUAGAGGGAGUCAUUGCUCUCCCCUGCGAUGGCGGCAUAAUGGGGCGGGCGCUCUCUGCUUGAAGAUAUGUACUCCAGAGCCAGCCCAUCCCCCACACACUCUGGAUAACCCUGAUGUUCCCCAGAUCCCUGGCGGGGGACUGGGAGGGAUAAACACCCAAUGCCUGAGCCAAGGUCUACCCACAUCUGAAACAUAAUAAAGUUGUAGCCAAUUUUAAUCCCAUAGCACGUUGUCUUGAUUCGUUAUUCCACACAGGGGCUGCCCAGGGUUUGGGGGACCCCGCCUGUCCACGCAAAGAGUAAUGUGAUGCCAUUGGCAUGUUCUGAGUACUAGCAUCCACUCAACCAAAAUUUACAAUUCUACUAGUUGGUUGUGAGGACUGGCACUGUACUUGCUUCCUUUAGUAGCUUUUUACACCAAACUCCUUAAGUCCCAAACUCAGUUUGAAAGUUUGGCAUAUACAUAAGGUAAGAGAAAGUGUCUGCAAAACAGUUGUACCAAUGCUAUUUCUUGCAGGCAUUCACAUUAUAUUACUGUAUCACAGCCAGUGGCAGUAUGAAAAAGUAUACAAUACUUCAAAGGUCAAAACAAGAUAGAAACGGCAAAUGGUGAAGACAACAAGAGGAACUGAUUUCAGCCACUUCAAGUUAAGGAGAAAAAGGGAGAGAAAAGAACAAGAACAAUAUUUAUCUGAUAAUCUGUCUUCCCUGACCCUAGAUUCCAAUAGAUUUAUUAUUUUGCAUUCCAGUCAUUAACCACAGAGAAUACCAUUGUAGUUAAUUGCAUGCAAAAUGUUUUCAUAUAUUUAAUUGCCAUAUUUUGGGUUUUCUGCUUAGACCCAGGAGGUCUGCAUUUCGCUUUCCAUUUAAUGUACAUGUGGUUUCCCCAUCUGUAUUGUCAGAAAGCAAAGUAAUAGCAUCAUGGUGUGCCAUUUGGAUCUCAGAUGAGACAUUUUCCUUUGGAUUUCUGGACUGAGUAAUGCAUGUGCAGUUCUUGUAAGGACAGCACCUCAACUCUUCUCUUUUUUAUUUUUUAUCUCCAUCACAGUGGAACAUUGUAGUUAAAGACUAAUAACAAUUCUCCUUCACUUUGACAUGUUUUUUCCUGUCUUCGCAUGGCAACAUCAUCUCUGUCAACUUGUAUGGACAUUGUUCUGGCAUCGUUUUGUCCUCCCUGGACAAUUAUGCUGAUCUGAUCAUUAUGUUACUUUGACAGCAUUAAGCCCAUUCAAGAGAAAAGGGACUAGCUGGCACCAUCCCAUCUGUGCACAUAUAGCUGAUGCAUAUGGGUAAGAGGGCUGUAGCUUGAAGUCAAAGCCUAGCAACAGUUAGGUGAAUUCUAAUUUCCAGAGGGGUAGCUGUGUAAGUCCACUGCAGCAAAAACAACCAUGUUGAGUCUUGUGGCACCUUAAAGGCUUAACCAAUGUAUUAUGCAAUAAAUUGUUAUGGACUUCAGUCCACUUGGGAUAACACUUCAUACAUCCAAUGAAGUGGACUUUAGUCAAUGAAGAUAUCUGAAAAUUGUUUUCUUCAGUGGAAGACCUAGAUAGUUUAUUUUUGUUUUCCUUCUACUAUUGUGCUUAAGCAUAAGUCCUUCCACAGAUGUUGGAAAUCGGCUUUAAAAUGAAAUCUAUGCUAAGAAUGCAGAUGCUCUUUGUGAUAGGGUCAUGUAUACUGGCCAGAACUUAAGGCACCAUCUGGAUCAAGCUGAAACGCUUUAAAGUGCUAUUGAUUUUAGUGGCAGAGACUUAAAGACCACGUUUAUAUCACCUGUGCUUUCCCAUGCUUAACUCUGAAUAGGCUGCCUCCUUAAUUUUUUAAAAAUAAUAUAUAGUAGGAUCUUUAGUCUUUAGUCAUGCCCUACAUCAGGUUUCCCCAACCUUGGGUCUCCAGGCAUUGUUGGACCACAACCACUGCUAUUCCUGACCAUUGGCUAUGCUGGCUGGUGAUGGUGGAGGUUGUGUAAUAGCUUAUAAAUGCCAAGAUAAGAUGUAAAUGGAAAGUGACAAAGACAGAGUAAGGAACUGUUUUAGUAGCUUCAAGCUAAGAAGUAGAACUAGAGGGGGAAAUGAGAGCAGUGUUUAUUAAUCCAGAGGAAGGCUGCCCUAGAUAAAAACCUAGGUGAGGGCUCGUUGUGGCCACUUGGUGCUAUGAGGAACGCGUGCUGCACAAAUGUUUUGCUCCUCUCAGUUCUUAUAAGACCUACAUCAGAAUGAUACAGGUGUCGGAAUUUAAAGAAAAGUGUUGUUUCUGUUGCGCGGCUCUGCUCUGUAAAACUCAAAAUAAUUCAUAGCCUUUCACCAUCAGAUGCUAGUCCAGUAAAAAAAAAUAAUGCCAGAACAAUUGUCCUGAAGUUUUAUUUGCUCAGAAAAUAGGAAAAGGUCAUUGGUAGCUACUCACUUAUGGUUCUAGAUUCAGGUAGGUAGCCGUGUUGGUCUGACACAGUCGAAAUAUUUUAAAAAAUUAAAAAAUUGUCUAGUAGCACCUUAGAGACCAACUAAGUUUGUUCUUGGUUUAAGCUUAGAAAGUGUGCAUGCACACAAAAUCUUAUAUCAAGAACAAACUCAGUUGGUCUCUAAGGUGCUACUGGACUAUUUUUUAAUUUUUUGUAUAUAUUUAUACUCACUUAUGCUCACCGAAGACAAGAAAAUAAUAUCCCAGGCUGCAUACAUACUAACCCGUUUGUAGCAUUAAAAAUCCAGCUUUUCUCAUUCUGUAAUCAUCUAAAAUGAUUCUAAAUACUGCCUUCCACAAGGGUGGGUGUGGUUACUUGAUAUGCAUUUUAAAACCCUCCCUUUGAUUAUCCAUGCCAUUUCUUCCCUCAGACCCUCCAAGUGUCCUUAUUUUCCAGGGACAGUCCCAGAUUCACAGAAGCUGUCCCGGUUUCUGAUUUGAUCUUGGAAUGUCCCAUUUUUCCUUAGGACAUAUCUAUUUUCGUUGGAGAAAUGUUGGAGGGUAUGGAGUUAUCUGAUUCCCCAAGCCAUUUGAAGGCAGCCCUGUAUAGGGAAGUUUUUUAAUGUUCAAUGUUUUAUUAUGUUUUUACACAAGUUGGAAGGUGCCCAGAGUGGAUGGGGCAACCCAGUCGAAUGGGAGGGGUAUAAAUGGUGGAAUUAUUAUUAUUAUUAUUAUUAUUAUUAUUUAGGACGUCCAUAUUUUCAUUGGAGAAAUGUUGGAGGGUAUGCUUCCUGCACAUGCCCCAGGGGAAUGAAGAAGUGUCCAUCCAUAAUGUCAUUAGGGAGGUGCGAAUACACCUUCCAUUGCUAGGGCAAUUGUUUUCAAAUGUACACACUGCGGGGUAGUGCAAAAUCAAUCUGCAACAAACCUUUGUUGUUGAAUGAAACCAGUUUCUCAAUAAGCACUUGUCUGGGGUAAGAAAUAUGCAAUAGAUCUAGAUUGUGUGUGGACUAUAUAGAAAAAACAAGUGCUUGUUCUCCGUUGAUUCUAGAAUAAAAUGUUGUAUGUAUGCAACUUUAGAGUCCUGAACGGGCAGUGAUGCUUUGUUCCUUUUCCCUAAGGCUUUCUCUGUAUUUCUCCAUUCAGUAUGUCAUACCUUUCAGAGCCAUACCUGUAGAAUGUGAUCUGCAGGAUCAUAAAAUAAUAUUGUUAUUAGCAGUUUGUAAUAGUUAUUAAAGGUAAAGGGACCCCUGACCAUUAGGUCCAGUCACGGAUGACUCUGGGGUUGCGGCGCUCAUUUCGCUUUAUGGGCCGAGGGAGCCAGCAUGACUAAGCCACUUCUGGUGAACCAGAGCUGCGCACGGAAACGCCAUUUACCUUCCCGCCGGAGCAGUACCUAUUUAUCUACUUGCACUUUGACGUGCUUUCAAGCUGCUAGGUUGGCAGGAGCAGGGACCGAGCAACGGGAGCUCACCCCAUUGCGAGGAUUCGAACUGCCAACCCUCUGAUCGGCAAGCUCUAAGCUCUGUGGUUUAACCCACAGCGCCACCCAUGCCCCAUGUAAUGGUUAUUAGCAGGGUUUAAAGAAACACAGUGACAUCUCCAGGCUGUUCCUAUCAAACAGCUGGGGCACUUACAGGAAAUGUGGUAACCAUUAGGUAACUGGCAAAGUGAACAGAGUGCUGGAAAAUUAUCAGGGUAAUUCAAAUGGAUGUUGACGUGCUGGGUGGCAACAAGCCCAGGGCACAAAUAGUGGAAUGACAGGGUGACAACAAAACCAGGGUUUAUUGGAGGGAAGUUAUUUGAUGUUCUUUGAGGCAAAUCCAAAAGAUGUUCCAAAAGGGCCCCUCAGUGCUAAAAGAAGCAGAGAUGUAGUGCAUUUAUAUCACAUAAUGAUAAGUCCAUCCUAUGUUGCCCACAGUAUAUAAAGUACAACAUUCUAGUGAUGACGGAAAAGCUUGUAAUCCAAGUAAUCCAAUAUGGUUAGAUUUAAACCCAUACAAUUCCACUGACCUCCAAGGAGACAAUUUUCCAAUCCUAAUUCUGUUACUUUAAGGUGGGCCACAAUAAUUUCAGUGGGUGUGAUCUGCUCGUCAUUUUUACUAGACUGCCCAUUAGGAAGCAGCUUUGAUUGGUACGAAUACAUGUUAAAAAAGAAGAGGGUGGAAAAUCAUAGAUAUUCAUAGAGAAAUUCUCCAUUGUGUGCAUGGGGAGGGGAUUUGAAACUAUGGGAGUGGCUUGCCUAAGUCAAUUUAUUGACUUCAUAACAGUUUCUAUUUUGCCCAGGCACUUCCUGAUUUAUUUCUGAAUCGUUUAGCCACUAUGUUAUGGUGACUAUUUUACAUGUUUGUUAUCUCAAAGAUCACACUUAUUCAACGACAGCAAGCCAAGAUAGCUGUGGUGUUAAACAAGAAUUUAAUGCAUAAUCCAGAAUUUUGCUGGAACAUCAAAGUAGUAUUACUGUUUCAGCAGAUUAAAGUUACCAGUAAUUGAAUAUAAGUGUGUUUUUAGCUAUAAAACAUAAUCCUUCAUUUCCUGGGAAUGCUGAUAAAAGUUGUGUAGGCUGAAUUUUCCAUGUGGUGGGUUUUUCAUCCUUUGAUCUAAAUUAAUAUGAUGGUUAAAUGUUUGUGUUCCCCAUAUUAGUAGAAACAUGUGGUUGAACUACAGGUAACUUAUCAGAGGUCAGAGAUUAGUUUUUCCUUUUUCCUUUUCCUUUUCUUUGUUUUUCAUUGGUUGGGAUUCUUGUUUGUUUUCUGAUUCUGAGAUUUCCCUCCCGUUCUUUUCAGUUUGUCAGGGCUGAUAUAUUCUCACCACCUCCACCCCAUUCGAAAGAUGGGGUUGGGGGAAUGGGAAAGCUUUGGAUUCAAGUCUUUCCAUAGUCUACCCUCAUCUCUCCUGGCUCACCCCUUUUUUGCUGCUACCAAUAUUGGAGCUCUAAUACAGGAUUGGCAAGUUAAAGGCUGCAGAGGUUUCUGCAGUGGCUAGUAGAGGCCUUUAGAGGUUGGAUCUCCCCUCUGAGGUUGGACUUCCCUCUCCACCCUUGGAGAGACAUCCUACUAAGAACUACAGAAAUGUUCCCUAAUAGUGGUUGUAUCAGGAAUUCAAAUCUACUGUAUUUACUAUUUUCCUGAAUGAUUGUAUAAAGGUGAUUUUCAUAUUUCACUCUUACUCUUCCUUCUGCUAUUUUACUAUCCUCCAUUCCAACUUUUAUUUUCCUCUAGCUGUAACUGCUCCAAACAAAUAUUAUUUAUAUUACUUUUGUACUACAGUAAUAGGACAUUCAUGAGUGGGAGGAUUUCAUUUGACAUUGAUAGUCAGCUCUAAUGAACUAGCAUGCUGAGUAAAUGUCACCAAUCACUUAAGAAGUAUGAAGGAUGUGUAGUCAAGAAUUAUUUAAUGCUGUCCUACCAAGUUGAUUUAUAAAUAUUUGAAACAGAAAUCCCCUUUCAGAUAGCUAUUUUAUCAUCUAUUUUUGGCAGAAAAGAUGGAAGAUUUUGGAAGUUAGCAUUACAAAGUAGAAUAGCUUGGUUAUGUCUCUGCAGCCACAGUCCCGUUUUACUUCUCACCAGUUGUGAUUGGUGGCUGGAAAAAGGUGGACAUGGCCUCAUUUGCUCAUGCAUUGGUUAUAUCCCUGUUGGACUAUUGUGGGAAAGCAAACUGUGGGUUAGAAACUAUCAUUUGUCCAUAUUGUUGCCGAAAAGAUGUGUGUGGAAGCAAAGGGAUCAUCUCAUAUUGCACCCAUCCAACGUCAAUUGUACCAGUUUCAAAUAUGCUUACAGGCUCUACUUAAAAGUUAUUGACCUUUUAAAGACUUGGGUUAUCCAAAAUUCUGCUUACACGCAAAGAAGCCACACCACUUGGGAGCAGGCCAUUAAGGAGUGCUGCAAGUUAUGUAUCCAACUAAAGCUGUUACAAACCUCAAAAGUUUAUCAGCUCAGCUAAGGAGACAAAUUUGUACCCUUGGCAGUUAUAUUUUAAUCUAUAACAGCAGUUACUUCUCAAAUCAGUCUUGGGGACACUUCACACAUUUUGCUGCGUUUAUACUAAAUGUAUUGAUAAGAUGUCUGAGUUCUACUGAACUUGCUCCCAGGUAAGUGUGUAUAGUAUUGUAGCCGAAAGCAACUGUUCAGUAAAUCCGAAAUGUUUCCUAGGAAGCACAUUGCAGUGCACUGAGUUGAGUUUGCUUCUUAGUCACUGUGUUUCAAGCUGACCUGAAAAUACAUAAACUUUCUUUCUUUCUUUCCCUCUUAAUCUUAGUGAUUAGAACUAGCCCCUGCAAAAAGGCAUUGCAGCCAUCUUGCAAAAUUGAUCAGGCUCGUAGUUAGACAAGUCUUCUCCACAGUGUGAAUUGGUCACGGUUGCAUGUACAAUAUACAAAUGUGUAUCUGAAAAUCUUAUUUUGGUACAGAGGGGUGAUCACCAGUAAAGGUGGGCCUGUCAGAGUGCAAAUAUUGCCAGGGCAAGAGAACUACCUUGCAAUCUAUGCCAAUGGAAUCCAGUCUCAAGCACUCGCUAGAUGGUCAUCAUCAUUCUCAGUUUCCAGUAAGUGUGUGUUCAAGUGUUAUUAUUUUGCCAAGUGAGUUUUGAAAGUAUCAGCAUGGAAGAAACUGGCUGGCUCAUUAUUAUUUUUUCUGUUGGUUUUAUUUUCUAUUCUUAAGAGUAGCAAACCACCGUGCUGCUCCUCUUGUGUGAUGUGAUAAAAAAUUUCAGACAAACCUAAUGUACAAAAUCAGCAGGCAUCAAAUGAUGCCUUGUUGAGUCAAGGUUUUUCCUCCAGGGAGCCUCCUAAAUAUUUUAGGCUGCCGUGAAAAAUAUGUGAAGCAUAUGCAACUGUCAAAACAUUGGCUUUUGCUUUGCCUUGAAAAAACUGAUGCCAGGAAUAAUGUACAUAUUAUUCCUGGACAGUUAUGCAACGCAUAACAUGAAUAAUUACUUCAGAACUACCAAAGCAGUAAGUUCUACUCAAUAGGCCGUAGGAUGUGAGAGAUCUUCAUAAAUGCACUCAUUUACAUUUGGUUCCUGAUCUUUAUUUGAGAUGCUGCACUCUGCAUGAUCAUUCUCAGUCUCAGGGCUUUGUGCUUAUUAUAUUUGCUCAUGGGCCACUGAAAAGAUAAUACUUAGUUUACAGAGUCACCAGACUGUAAACUGAGAAACUGGUGCCCUGUUUGCAGUCCAGCUAUGUUUCUGAUGAAACUAGAAGUUGAAAUAUUUUAAGUAAAUUAACAUUCUGUUCUUGUCAGUCACUUGUUUCUCCCUUUCUCUCUCUCUCUCUCUCUCUCUCUCUCUCUCUUUAUGUAUAUUAGUUAACAUUAUUGGCUUCCAUCAGUAAUGACUUACAUCAAAUAAUCAUCAAUAUAAAAACAAAGUGAAAAAACAUUGGGGCAUGCAUCAUCGGUAUGAUAAAAAGUAUUCACAGUAUAGGUAACUGGGGAAAAUAUUCUUGUCAUCUGUAGGGUUUUCCAUUUUACUUUCUGUCUGCCACUGCUCUGGAGUUAGUUUACUUUAGUAUUACGCAAUCUCAUUUUAGGCUGGAGCAUAGGCAGGAAGACUCUUUGCAUCUAAAUGCCUUAAGCUAUUGUACUAGCUCCUAGGAGUCUCCUUCUCAGUGAGAUCUAGUGGCUUGAGGUGUUGACUUUUUGCAGUUUCUUUUAUUAGGUAAAACUGAGCAUGUACAACCUGUUUUACUACAAUGUAAUUUGACAGCAAUGCAGUAAGCUUAAUUUAUUUUUCAAUGUGGUAACAGGACCCCAGAGUGCUGCACUUGAAGCUGUUGGGCGGCCAAUUUCAACAGCACGCCCACCCACAGGUAAGAUGUUUCUUUCAAAAUAUGUUCUUACCGAUCAGGAAUGGCCAAGAAAUAAACUAGUUUCUAUCUAUUCUAUUAUUAUCAUUCAUAUAUAUAUAUAUAUAUAUAUAUAUAUAUAUAUAUAUGUGUGUGUGUGUGUGUGUGUGUGAGAGAGAGAGAGAGAGAGAGAGAGAGAGAGAGAGACCCAGAAGCACAGCACGCAGGGAGAUUUGUUUGUACAGAAGGAUUUUAUGAAUUUUCCAAGACCUGCAAGAGGUGUUCAGGUAGCAAGCUCAUUCCAGGCACAUGGAAAAGGAAAAUAGCUGUUAGCAAAUACCGUAUUUUUUGCUCUAUAAGACGCACUUUUUCCCUCCUAAAAAGUAAGGGGAAAUGUGUGUGCGUUUUAUGGAGUGAAUGCAGGCUGCACAGCUAAGCCAGAAGCCAGAACAGCGAGAGGGAGCGCUGCACAGCGCUCCCUCUUGCUGUUCUGGCUUCUGGCUUAUCUGCGUGAAGCCUCUUCAGGGCACAGGGAACCUUCAUCCCGCUGCCCUGAGGAGGCUUCUCGUGGCUUUCCCUGGCUUUUGCAGGAGGUGGGGGAAGGGACAGAGGGCAGCCCCUCCGUCCCGUCCCCCACCUCCCGGAAAAGCCUGCAAGAGCCGUGCUCCCUUUAAAGAGCCACGCGGAGCGUGUGUGUGGUUCUUGGGGGCUUUUCCCCGAGGAGGGAGAAGGGCAGCCCGUCAGUGAUGGGCUACCCUUCUCCCUCCUCGGGGAAAAGCCUACAAGCACUGCACACACGUUCUAUGCGGCUUGUGAAAGGGAGAGCAGAGCAGAGCCUGGGAUGCAUACAGGCUCUGCUCAGCGCUCCCUUUAAAGAAUAUUUUUUUUCAUGCACUUCCCCUCUAAAAACUAGGUGCGUCUUAUGGUGAGGUGCGUCUUAUGGAGCGAAAAAAUACGGUAAUUUGUAUAUUAUUAUUGGCAAAAUGAACAUAUGUUAUCUUAUUUACUGGUAAUCCCUUUAACGUGUGUGUGUGUGUGUGUUUUUAUUUUUUAUUUUUGAGUUUUCAACAUUAUACAAAACAAAAGAUAAGUCCAGAUAACAAUCUCUGAAACUUGUUAUUAUAACAGUUAACAGUGAGUCUAUCUCUGUCUAUAUCAGAGAUGGGGAGCCCGUGAGAUGUGGUUGGACUGCAGCUCCAGCCAGCAUGGCAAAGUGAUUGAGGAAGUCAUAGUGCAAUGGUAUCUGAUGGGCCACAGGUUUCUUAUCCCUGGCCUAUAUACUCCACACUCUGUGUCUGUGGUCAGCAGCGUGUUUUUUUAAAAUGAUUAAAUAAUAAUGGUGAAAUGAAUCUUCGAAGUAUGUUUUGAAUGUCUGUGCUGAAGGGCCUUUCAUAGCUCUAUUACUAAGAGUACUUACAUGUAUAGAAUUCAUGAUGUUUCCUACCUUCUAGGUAAACGGCCCAAGAAAACAGUUGAGAAAAAAUCUGGGAACAAAGGUAGGUUACCAUUUCACCAUGUCCGAUAAAACAAAUCUCUCAUGUUAAUUUGCCCUUAAGUUAAUCUAACUAUCUUGGGUGUUCACAGACUGUAAAGCGGAUAUUGCUUUUCUGAUUGAUGGAAGCUACAAUAUUGGGCAGCGUAGAUUUAAUUUGCAGAAGAACUUUGUUGGGAAAGUAGCGGUGAUGCUGGGAAUUGGAUCUGAAGGACCGCAUGUGGGAGUUGUACAAGCCAGGUACUAGAAAUAUGUCCUAUUUGGUACAUCGCUCCUUCUUAGGUGCUAUAAUUUAUAACAAUGUGAUUAGCGUGGGCAUGAUCUAACUAAAAAAGACAUUAUUACAGUUAUGCAUUUUCUGUUAUAGUUUGAACUGCCUAUCAAUGCCAUCUGUUCCCUACACGUUAAAUAUUAAAUGGCACCCAUGGAGUAUAUUAGGAGCAUAUUAACAAGUAAAUGAAAAUAAAUAGUAAUGGUAUAGAAAGUGAUGUGUUGACACCAGUCUAGGGCAGCAUUGUGAUUACUGUGUUUAGCCCAUUAGAUCAUGGUGAUAAACCCACACUUGUAUCACUCCCUAGCAUUCGGUUGCCAAAGGCACAUUUUCUCUGGAUGUUCUUGUGAUGCUUUUGGUUAUUUGUACAGCAGGUGUGGGGAACAUUUACUUCUCCAGAUGCUGCUAAACUACAGUUCCCAUAAUCUCCAGCAGGUGUGGCCAAUGGCCAUGGAUGAUGGGAGUUGUAGUUCAGCAACACAUUAAGGGUCAAAUGUUCCCCACACCUCCUAUAUACGCUUGUAGUCAUCAAUAGAUUUAAUCUAUAUAUAGGUAUAUUAGGGUUAUUAGAACACAAGUGGGGAAAGCAUGGUUAGCAUGAUAAGGGACAGAAUAAUAGCUAUUCAGGGAAGGAAAACAGAUAUGCAUUUGCUAAAGCCCUGCCUCACAUUACACCUCACCCCCUCCUAUCUCCCUUUAAGUUUCUUUGAUACAACUCACUGUUUUGUGCAUCCAGAAUACUUUUUUUAAGAUGACGUCUGAAGUUCCCACAGUGCCAGAUUAGCAGCCAGAUAUUAAGCACCACAAGACUGUGGAUAUACAGGGCAUGGAUACCCUCCUUACCAACAAUUCCCCCAAGCUUGAUACACGGUUGGUUUCAUUCGGCUUCUGAAUAAACUGCGCUUACGUUUGAACAUUGGAAACAGAGGAAAUGAGAGUGACCACCCACCACAGACAUGCCAAAACAUGGCUGUUUCUAUAUUGCGACGAUCCAAAGCUUUAAGGUGGUAUAUUUGCUAUAGACACAUCAGUUACCAUCACACUUCCAAAGACUGGGAGUAAAGUUAAGGACAAAAGAUCAGUGGUCCAAUAUAAUGGUUUAAAAUGCACCAAAAAGCCUUAUACCAUCAGACUAUUUGCCCAUCUUUCUGCCUAGCAUUUCCUACUUCUGAGUGGCAGUAGCUUUUCACAAUCUCAAAAAAGGGUCUUUUCCAUUACAUAGGAACAUUGGAAGCUGCCUUAUAUUGAGUCAGAGCAUUGGUCCACCUAGCUCACUGACAGCCAGUUUAUGCUGGCUGUCAGUGGCUUUCCAGGGCUUCAGACAAAGGACAUUUCCAGGGCUACUUGGAGAUGCCAGAGAUUAAACCUGGAAACUUCCACAAGCAAGGUGGAUGCACUGCGACUGAGCUAUGUCCAUCUCCUAUUACCUGCAACUUGGCCCUUUUUAGUUGGAGAUACCAGGGAUCAAACCUGCAUGCAAAACGUCUCCCACUGUAGUCCUCACCCCAAUUUUAAAAACAAUACUUCAGUUUCUUUGGGAUCCUUACAUCUGGUCUUGUGUAAUGGCAAGUUUCCAACGCUGUAACUUUUUUUGGAAAUCACUUCUGGGAGAAAGGGGCUAUAAAUCCUUUUUUUCCCCCUCUAAAAUUUGAACCAUCUGUGAGAUUAAGUAGUGGAGAUUUUAUUUCUGCCACUUCCUUCCUCCCUCCCUCUGUCUCUUUUACUAAAGUAUCAACUCUGCUCUGUCAAUCCACAUUGAUCGUUACUGUGCGAAUGUAAUCCAAAAACAAAUGAUUGUUAACAAUAUAUGUAAAAGAAAAAGGACCAAAAACAUCUGGAACAAUUUACACUGCUUGUUACCAAGCUGAUGAUGAGUUACCCCAUAAACAUCUAAGUCACAAAAGGAUUAUUCAAUUAUAUUUGUGGACUGCACUAGCAGCACAAACAUUUCAUCCAAGAGAAUUAGUGUCAUCUAUGCUCCAAAAAUGAGCAAUUCUUCUGAAAACUUUAGUAGAGCCAAGAAAAGCUUUUUGUGUUGAGUGGCUGACGGUGAUGGAAAAACACAUAGAAGAGAUUAAGGCCGGCAGAGUUUAAACUGAAAAUAGCACUCCUAGAUUUAGUUAAAUUGUAUAUCUGACAUGCAGCCAAUGGAUAUGGUCACUUUGCUUGUGGUGGGAAAAAUACAGAACAAAAAAACCCAGAACAGGUGCUUGGAAACAGUUUAUUGAAGUGAGUCCAAUGCAUUUUGACUGUAAAUCUCUCUUCCGGGGCAGCUGUGAAGACAUCCAUUUAAACAGUAAUUCACAACUAAGCACAAAAAUAUCUCCCAUGGCAAUAAAACAUGAUAAUCUGCAUCUUAUUUUAUCUUCAUGUUUUUUACAGUUUCUUCUGAAGGACACAUAUCCAAAUGCAUUGGGCAAAUGAAUGCAACAGAACCCCGGGGGGGGGGGGAUGAAAUCUGCUUUGGAAAGAGAGGAUUUAGAGUGGGGACAAUUGUGGAGGUGGGGGUGGCGGGCGGCAGCGUGUACUUAAGCCUGAGCAUACCUGCUUUUUUCCACUCCAAUUCAUCACAUCGCAGGAAGAGAGUAAUACGACCAGACCCUUCCCCUCUGCAGCAACCCAGCUGCUUUUUCCUGUGAGAGGUUCUAUUCACCUGUUUACAAGAGAAAACUUGUGUUUGGAAACCCAAGGGGUAAAAAAAAUGUAUUGAAGCGUUUGUGUCAGGCAGGCAGAGGGUCAAGCAUUUCUCUCUCUGUUCUUCCCUCCAAAUAAUCAAUCAUCUGCUUCCCUCUGUCAACAAAAUGCUCUGAUCUCCUUCCAGCUCCUGCAAGGUGGGGGUUUGGGGAAUCAAGCUGAUCAUUCAGGCUUUUUGAGAGUGGACCUUAGAUAUGGUUGCUUCUAUUCAUAGCUAUCAAGUCAAGAAGCUCAUGUCCCCAAAGAAGAGAUAUGCUACGGGUUUUGGUUGUGGGGCAGGGGUUGCUGGAGAGCUAGACACAUCAGCCGCCUUUCAAACAAGAAGAAAAGCAGAUAUAGAAAGAGAAGCUUAAACAUGCUGACUUGGAAAAAGGGUUGCUACACAGCCUACACAACUUCCAGCAGCUCAGAACUUCGUUCUGUGCAAUCAGAAUGUGUUUGGUAUCCAAACACGCCUAAAAAUGUAAAAAGAAAAGAAAACAAUUAUCUAUUUUAAAUUGUAUUUAGAAUCUAGAUAAAGUUAAAUGUGCGGUACAAGUUUAUAAAAUAAAAAAUAUGGCAUAUAUGGCUCCAUUUUCAUAGACCUCAGUGACAUUUUCCGCAAUGCUGUUGUUUGCUCAGUUGUCUUUGUUUCAAUGCUUUGGAAGGAAGACAAGAAGGUCUAUGGUCUACUUCCAUCCACUGGUAGAGCAUGCAAAUGUAGAAGAUUCUGACUGGGCUUAAAAGAGUCGAUUUUCUUCUAACAUAAAUUUGCAAGGCACAGAGAAAGGAGCAGGGUGGAGAUGCAGAAGAUGUGCUCAGAUUUCCCAUUACUUCCCACCCUGCCUAUAACACACAUGGGACAGAGGAGAAACUAAGACAACUAUUAAGCCCUUUUGAGAUUCUUUACAAGCAGGCCCUACAUGCAGCUAGAUCAUGCCUGAAGUGUUUUCACAAGUGAUUUUAUGGUUGCCACCUGGUGCAUACUUACUGUAGAGUAAUUGCCAUUGAACUCAAUGGGAUUGAUUGAGUUAUUAAUAUGUGUGUUGCUUAGAAAGUGAAAGAAAACUGUACAUACCUUUUACUCAAUGUGUGUUUCCGCCUCUAAUUUACAAACCUGGAAAAUGUCAUCACUGAUUAAGUGAUGCUUGUGGAAAUUGCCAAAGAUUGUUCUGAGAUAGGGUGCAGACAUAUCUGAGGACUGCAGCUAUCUUUGUUAAGGAAGCAGUAAUUUACUUGUGUCUAGGAGCACCAGUGGGUCUGAAUCUGACUCUAUAUUGGAGAAGAAACUAACAGAAACAGAUGUAGUAAAAUCAGUUUUGAAAAGAUUCAUAGAUUAAAUAAUGCCACUCAGACUCCAAAGCAUUAAUUUUAGCACUGUUACAUUAUGACCUUGUUCUGUUUGUUUGUUUGUUUGUUUGUUUGUUUGUUUGUUUGUUUUUAAAUAGUGAGCAUCCAAAAACAGAAUUUUACCUGAAAAACUUCACUGCAUCAAAAGAUGUUUUAUUUGCCAUAAAAGAGAUAGGUUUCAAAGGAGGCAAUUCCAAUACAGGUAAGUACAAGCCCAGGCAGGCAAAAGAUAAAAAAUAGUAUUUUCAAAUAAUGAUGUACUGUAUUUGAGAGGAAUUCAAUGUAGCUCUAAGGAGGUGGCUCUGUCAGCACAUUUCUGGUUGUCUGAUGGAACAUUCUCCCCCCUCUUCCCAUUGCAUGCCCAUGAGACCCCUGAACGAAUUUUGGAGGGCAGGAAGAGGAGAGAGAGGAAAGGCCCAUUGCGUGAGCAGAAGUCAUUGUGCAAGCUCCCACUAGUAGCACCAUGCAGUUGAAUCUGGCCCUUUAUCUAGACUAAAGGCAUUCAAGCUAUUUGCACUUAGAAAUGCUGCCUUCUGAAAUAACAACCAAAGUGAUUGACAGCCUUGAACAACAUAUGCUAGAUGAGGGGUGAGGGACCUCAGGCCUGGGGGCUAACUGAUGGGAACUGGAGUCCAACAACAUCUGGAGAGCCACAGGUCCCUCACCCCCGAUAUAGAGAAUCACAACUAAAUCUCUUCUGGAACUGUUUCACACUUGUAUCUAUAAUUCCUGUGUGUGAUCCCUGCAGAAAAGCAUAGGGCUAGAUUCAGCUAACUUGUCCCACUAGCUCAAGGACUUCCGUGAGCACAAUGGAACUUUUCUCCCUCUCUUUCUCCAGCCCCCCACGACCCAAAUUGGUGGGGAAGGGGGCAGGAGAACCCCCAAAAUUGCUUGUGGGGUGAAGAGAGGGGAAAUCAUUCAUUCGGUCAAACAGAAAUAUGUGUGCUGAUGGAUUGUUUGUAAAAGCACAAUGUUGAUAAUUUGUCAUUUAAAAAUAAUGUAUUGAUAACUCUCACGCCUCUUCUGCUAUGAUUUUGUAAUACCAAAACAUUUGUGACCCACCCCUGUCAUCUAAUUUCCUUUUUUUAAAAAAUUCACACUGUCUUUGAUAUAUGGCUCCUUAAGCUGAACACAGGUUGCAGUGGCUCUUUGUCUGAAAAGGGCUAGCCCUCCCCCCCCCCCCAGCAUGUAGGGUGGCUGCCUUACUGCCACACACACUACUUAGGUUUUACAGAUUCUGCAGCACAACUAGGAACGCUCUAAUAAUUUAUGGUAUGUCCCAAUUAUGCAUCUUAACAAACUAUUUCUAUUUACUGUUCUUAAGUUCCUGGUCUGUGAAGUCUAUGUUUUAGACAUCUAAACAGAAUGAGCUGUGCUUUCAAAAGUAGCAAAAAUUGACAAUCUAAAUCGUUUUUCUUUUCUCUCCCCCUCCUGCUGCCUUAUCAGGAAAAGCAUUGAAACACACAGCACAAAGAUUCUUUACUGCUGAAAAUGGGGUACGCAAAGGCAUUCCUAAAGUCAUCGUGGUUUUCAUAGAUGGCUGGCCAUCAGACAAUCUGGAAGAAGCUGGAAUAGUGGCCAGAGAAUUUGGUAUUAAUGUAUUCAUUGUGUCCAUUGCAAAGCCCACACCCGAAGAGCUUGGGAUGGUUCAAGACAUUGGUUUUGUUGAGAAGGUGAGAAAAGGACUUCCUAAAUUUCCCGCCUCUGGGUGGGGCUUCAGUAGAUUUUGGACAAGAUCCCCAACUGAAAAAUUGACAGGUUGUAAUCUACGCUUUUGCUAAGGUAGUGUUAUAAAAGGAAGGCAAUGUCAACUAAAAGCUCUUGAGAGCUGAGAAGUUUAGGGUAAAGUUCAGGAGAUGGUGCAGCUGUGCUCUAGAAAUAACCAUUAGUCAUCACUCAUGCUACAGGGAUCGUUGUCAUAUACAUAAGAAACAUUCUACACAGCAAUCUCAGUAACAAUAGGUAAGCUUGCUGGGGAAGGAAAGCAUUUUCCCAAGUAGUAAAUAUUAUGGGCUAUAUCCAACUCAGAGUAGACUCAUUGAAAUGGAUGAGCCUAAGCUAGUUAUGCCUAUUAAUUUGAAUGACUUUGCUCUAAGUAGAAAUUAAAUUGGAUACAGCCUUGAUUUUGCUUGCCGGUGUAGCAUCACUAGGUUGGGCAUACUUGUGUCUCUAGUGAAUGAAGGCAGGAGUAGCUUUUAUAGGAAAUAGUCUGGUCCCUCUUCAGUUUUUUGCCUCAAUAUCACAUUCUCCUUUGGCUUCUCUUACUCUUUCAUCUUGGCUUAGCAAUUUUAUUCUUCUGUUAUUCCACUCUUUUUACUGUUCUUUCUCAGCAUAAAUACACACACAUACAUACAUACGCACACACACAUACACACGCACACAAUUAUUAGAAUCCAUGGACCCGCUUUUGAGAGGGGGACAAGAGCAGCUCGCCUAGGCCGCCAGGGUUUGCUGCUCAUCUACAAUUGUUUUCUUUCCUUGUUGGGGCAAAACAGUCUAGGGAGCAUUGGAUGGUCCUCCAUAAUGGUGAUUACAGUACACUGAGAUCUACCACCCCACAGGCUUUAAUCAGCCCUUACGAAGACAGCAUCAGCUGGGGUGGAUUCUUGGAGACAAGUCCGGUCAGCACUAGUAAAGGUACUGACCAUUCCCUCCCCACAAUCUGCAUUUACCAGGCAACGUGGAGGGGCUUUCUUAAAUGGGCUGGGCACAAGCAAGGUUCAGUGGAAACCACAUCCAUCCCUGACUUAUUAGUAUUCCUACAGGAAGGUCCUUGACAAAGGUUCAAACCUAAUAUCCAAAAAAACCCCAAGCAGUGGCCAUUUCUUCUAUUCUGGCAUGGCUAGAUAGCCCUGCUCUGACCACUCACCCACUAGCAAACCACUUCCUCCGUUAUACUCCAGUUGUCCAUCAUUUUCCUUUCUGGGAUCUUCACACGGUGUUCUCAGCUCUCCAAUGUCCAACUUUUGAGCCACUGAAACAAGUACUGUUGAAGAUUCUCUCUUUUAAAGUCCUGUUCCUGGUGGCCAUCACCUCAGCCCAGAGAAUCUCUGAGAUCAAUGUCCUGUCGGUGACAAUGUUAGAAAUAUGUAGAGCAGCAACCUGAAUGUCCCUGAGCACAUUCACCAGACACCUUUGCUUCCUCUGAAAUGGCAUUUGGCAGGGGGCGGGCGGCAGCAGGCUCUCCCAUAGUAGUAACUUGUUACAGUUGGGAUCCACCCUAGCUGGGUAAGCUUUUGUACAUCCCAACCCAGUGAUGCUACACUGACAAACGGAAUAGUACCAUAGUACCUACCUGAAGGGUAGAUUUGCUUGUUCAGUGUAGCAACACUGGGGGCCACACCCUGCAACACCUUUUCCCAUCUCUGUUUGCACACUUGGCUUUCAGGUAAUGGUUUGUUGUUGGAAAUAGGUUAACAAUAUCCUGAGCUUCAGUUCCCCACUGUUCAUGCUCAGUGAGUAUGCCGAACUGAAGAGGGGACAGACUUUUUUUUGUAAAAGCUCCUCCUCAGUGAUACAACACUGGGCAAGCAAAUCUACCUUUCAGGUAGGUACAAUGGUUCUUUCUGCUGAAGUAUAGGAAAAUAUGCCCUUUUUAAAAUAGACAGUCUCAAGGGAACAUAUAAGCACCGUGCAUCAAAAACAAACAUUUAAUGCAGUACCUCCCCCCACCAAAGGAAUACGUCAAAAGGGUAUAGGUAAGUAGCUAACAUCCAUUUAUUCAGUAGGAGCCAAAAUCCAUAGCUUUUCUGUUUUGUUUUUUAAACAGGCUGUUUGUCAAAAUAAUGGCUUCUUCUCCUACAACAUACCCACUUGGUUUGGUACUACAAAAUAUGUGAAGCCACUUGUUCAAAAACUCUGUGCUCAUGAACAAAUGUUGUGCAGCAAGACAUGCUACAACUCAGUCAACAUAGCUUUCCUGAUAGAUGGCUCCAGCAGCGUUGGAGAUAGCAACUUCCGUCUCAUGCUUGAAUUUAUCAGCAAUGUUGCCAAAUCAUUUGAGAUCACAGAUAUUGGUGCCAAAAUUGCAGCAGUUCAGUUCACCUACGACCAGCGCACUGAGUUCAGCUUUACAGACUACGUCACAAAAGAGAGGGUUCUUUCUGCCGUCCGAGGAAUCCGUUACAUGAGUGGUGGCACAGCUACUGGAGAGGCCAUUACCUAUACAACCAGAAAUGUUUUUGGACCUGUGAGAGAUGGGGCCAACAAAAAUUUCCUGGUGAUUUUGACUGAUGGCCAGUCUUAUGAUGAUGUCCGAGGACCUGCUGUUUCUGCUCACAAAGCAGGUAAAAUGAUUGUCACUGUCUGUGCUCAUACAAGUUACGUCUGGUGUGGUGAGUGUGGCUGCUUUUGAAGCUAAUGAUCUGAACAGCUGUGAAAGAUAAUUCAUAGCUGUUCAUUGCUAUGUAUAUUAGAACUCAUUAGGUUGUGUCUGACUAGGUCAUACUUGGUGGACUGAAGCUAGACUUGAUUAACAACUCUACAGAUGUCAGUGGGUCUACUCCAUCUAUGAUUUAGUCAGAUACCAUCCAUUACUUUGGGAUACCCAUCCUGGGUUUAACAGAGAUUCCCACUACAUUCUGGACCAACUUGCCUCAUUACAUGCUGUUGUGCAAGCCAUUUUACAAAAUCUGCUCUCUGUAUUCCUGUGAAAUUGAAGCAGCACUAUGGGCAGCAAUGGGCAGGUCCUAUAACCUCUUUAUAGCUACAAAAUAGGAUAAUGACACAGGCCUCACUUUUAUUUAUUUAUUUAAGGAAGACUCAAUAAACCAUUGUCAUGUCUGCUUGAGGCUUAAACCAGCCUUUCUUUUUUGCAGGUAUUACCACCUUCUCCAUUGGCAUUGCUUGGGCACCACUGGAAGACUUAAAAGAUAUGGCAUCUGAACCAAGGGAGACACACACCUUUUUCACAAGAGAGUUUAUGGGACUGGAGCAGCUUGUUCCUGAUGUUGUUAGAGGCAUUUGCAGAGAUUUCUUGGACUCCAAACAGUAAAUGGAAGGCUGCAGGAGAUGACUCUAAAUCACGUCAGGAAUGCCAAGGAGGUCUCUCUAGGGUAUAGAUGUUCUGUUAUUCUAGCACACAAAGGGCUACUCUUCUGCUUUCUUUAGGCAGAUCUUGUACGGAAGUCAGUGGAAGUUUUGUUUGAAUAAACAGUAAGCGGAGAAGUUAGCCCAAAGCUGCCAUUACAUAUGUAUAUUUAAUAUUUCUCAGUUAAAGUUUAAAGUGAUGCAGAUCUUAUAGUUAAGGUUACUUGAUAUUCAUGUUAUGUAUAUAGAGAAAAUACACAGCUGCUCCUGGCAUUAAAUGCUGAAUAUAAUCUCAGAUACAUUCUAUCAAGUGUAAAAAAGAUUGCUUUAGAAUACUAUCAACUGUGGUGAAAGGAAUAUUUUGCUGAGUACAUAGCUAUCAGCGCUGCAUUUGCAUAGCACAGACUAGUGCUUAGAAUGUCUUGUAUGCAUCCUGAUAGACGGUUCAUGUACAGCAAUUAGUUUCUUAAAAAACUAUUUGACUACUCCAGAGCACAAAUAAAAGCUGUUUAAAAUCUGGCUAAGUUUGGAUUUAAAACAAAACAAAAACAACAUAUACACACAAACCUUGGUCAUGUGCAUCUCCAAAGAUUUGGUACUGUAUGUAUGAAUAAUUACUUGCUUAAAAAAAAUAAAAAGCAUUGAGUUCUCACUUCCUUAAUUGCCUGGAAUGCAAUGAAAGUAUUAAGAAGAAAAAUGUUUUAAGGGGCAACUUUCAGCUUUUAUCUGAAUUAAUUCAAUUGUUGUCAGUGGGACUGAAUUCAUUUAAAUCCAGUUAUACCAGAUUAAAAGACCCAUGAAUUGGGCUGUAAACUGCCUACCCACCAUCAACUGCAGAACUGUUUGCCCCGCAACAAGUUGUUUUGUUUGUAAACAUUAUAAGCAAUUAUGAAAGGUACAGAAGGGAUCAUAUUUAACUGGCUUUUAGUCAUAAUUUAUGAUUGUCAAUAGCAUAAAUAUAAGUGGCAACAAUGCCUAGUAUUUUUCUACUUUAUUACCUAGGUAUUUCAACACAGGUGUUGUUUUUUUAGUAUGUGGGAGGGGAAAAUAUGCACUUUUCUCAGAUUACUAUUUUAUUCAUAGCUUUAAAACUGUUUGAUAUGGAAAAUACACAUACCUUACAUGACAGCUGUUCUCCACACUAUGGUUUGUUUGUUUUUUUAUAAAACUCCCAAUAGUAUGCUAUAAUUCAAUAAAGC